AACACCUCCUCCAAGGGGAAAACUGACGAACAAGAAGCUUGCCAGUAGUUCGGUCUAUCUGUCUGUGCGAAUGAAUGGAUGCCGAUGUCUCAGCACCGAGCUUGGGGUUUUCUGUUUCCUAAUGCAGAUAUGUUGAAGUAGUCACAUUGACUAUCUCCAAAGCAACACGGAAAUAAUGGGCGGAUGGACGGGAUGUCACUGCAACCUCUCUGUCCCCCUCAUUCAUCUAAGUACCCCGAAGAGGUAACUGGAGAAAAGAAAGGUACCGGCAGCAAGCGGGGAAGGAAACAUUCAUUGUUCGGCUUCUUUAGCCCUUUCUGCCUUGUUUGUUGUGCUUUCGGUGCUGAUUCAUAUUCGCAACUCAGGCCCCAAGGACACAGAGGUUUAAAUACAGGAAGGACUUCCUGCAUGGAGUAUGAUUCCAUCAUCGUUUUUUGGUGUAACCAUGUCAUGAUAUCUUUGGCAAGGUUUGCGGAGGAGCAUAUGAACGAGAAUAGACAUACCGUGGCGAUCCGCGGUCAGAGGCGUAGAUAUCUGAUACUCACCGCUUUAUGUUCGAUGUGCCAGAUUUCGCGUGCCCGGUGCCAGGAAGAUAAUGCGUCAGACUGUUGUUACUCAACGUCUCUGCAUGGUCUACCCCGUUCCAUCCAUACAUUACAUUUCCGUGGAUAUCACAGGUCCUCGAAAGUAAGAGUCACAGUCAGAGAACAAAGAAACAUGAAGAUACCAAAACGGACGGCACGGCUAGACUCGCUUAACGGCAGGUACAGUGAUUGACGAGAGGGCCUGCUUGUGGGAAAAAAGGUACUGUACCUAAUCAAGACGGCC